AUGCGGUGGGCGCGGGGGGAGUUGCUCCUGCGCCCCUGCACCCCGGUACCCCAGCACCCUAGCACCCUGGCACCGCAGCACCCCAGUACCCGUGCACCCCGGCACCGCUACGCCAGCGCCCCUGCAGCCUCGUCCCCAACACCUUUGCACUCCUGUGCGCUUGCACCCCGGUACUCCUACACCCCGCUCCGCCGCGCACCUAAGCCCGGUCACCCCAGGAGUCUGCCCAGCCGCCGGCCGGCGCUCGGUCCUCCUGGAGCCCGCGGCGACCGAGCCCUGCCGCAGUGGCGCCGCAGGAACGUGCAAGGCCGACCUGGAGGGGCUCUUCGGCCACCAGCUUGUGCGCCAUCCCCACCAGGCGCGUCACCGUCAGGCCCAAGGACUCCCAGCGCCUGCGUGAACAGGACGUGGGCUGGCGCGGCCUGCCGGACUCCGGGAGGGACGCGCACCGCUACCAGGACCCGGCGGUCACGCCCCGUCGGCGCGGCCUGGGCGGCGGCGGCGGCGGCGGCGGCAGCUCAGCUCUGCGGCGGCGGCUUCUGCUCAGCGGCGGCUCGGUGGCUCAGGCGUCCGGCUCUCGGGCCCGCUCCCCUCCGCUCUCCUCGGCCUCUGCCCUCGCUGAGGGCCGCGCUCGCAGCCCUGGAGGACCUCGCGGCCCCCGAGGCGGCCGCCUGCGCCAUCUGCCAGCGCACGUUCCGCGACCCGGUGCGCGCCGACUGCGGCCACCAGUUCUGCCGGGCGUGCGUGGUGCAGUUCUGGGCCGAGGAGGACGGGCCCUUCCCGUGCCCCGAGUGCGCCGACGACUGCUGGGCUGGGCAUGAGGUGGAGGCCGCAGAAGGUGAGAACAAGGGAUCUGUGGAGAUCAUGAGGAAGGACCUGAAUGACGCUCGAGAUCUGCACGGCCAGGCGGAAUCAGCAGCUGCUGUGUGGAAGGGCCACGUGAUGGACCGCAGGAAGAAGGCACUGACUGACUAUAAGAAGCUGCGCGCCUUUUUUGUCGAGGAGGAAGAGCAUUUCCUACAGGAGGCGGAGAAGGCGGAGGAGCCGCCGGAGGACGAGGGUGCCGAUCCAGCCGAGAGGUUCAGGACCCUGCUGCAGGCGGUCUCGGAGCUGGAGAAGAAGCACCGCGACCUGGGCCUCAGCAUGCUGCUGCAGUGAUGGCGCUGGCCCAGCAGGAGGGAUCCCUCCUGGAGCUUGAGGCAGAAGAAAGUGCUUCUACACGCUGGCUUACAGGCCCUCCCUCUGCCCUUCCUCGAGGCCUCCUUCCAGGCCUCUGGCCGUUCUGCAUCCCAGGGCCCUUUCUAUCUGAACCAUUAACAUGUAGACAUUGAAAAGCACCUGUAGGUGCCCCUGCCAUUGGUUGUUCAAGAUAAUAAUUUUCAUCCAAGUGUUCGUUUUCCAUUUUCUUUGAGGUGUUAAUGUUUUUGAGACUGCAAACAUUUUUAUAGUAGAGGCUUCUCACAGGGAGACUUUAGCCCGGUUGUAUUCCAUCUCUUCAUAAAACUCCUGUCGCUGAUAUAUAGCUUUCCUCAGAAAUUUGUCUGGAGUCUCAGUUGCCCACGGUGAUGGUCUGGUUACUAGAUGGUCUAGAUUCUUGUGCUUUGGGACAUUUCUCUCAGAUGCCAAGGGAACCAGGUGCUGUACCUUUUCAAUGAGGCUUAAGGCAGGGUUGUCCUACUGGACAUUGGUACCCUCGCCCAGAGAUCACUUGGCAGAUGCGUAAGGCACAUCAGUUAAGGCUAAAUUUGGGGUUAGCUUCCAGGAGGAGUCAUUGCAAAGGGGGCAUCAUGACUCCUGGGUGGGGAGGAGGGAGGCAUUUGAGCUACCACUUGGGUCACUGCCUGUGUUUGGGGCUCAGGCCUUUUACCAUCAGCAAAGGGCUUGUCUGCCUUCCACUGUCACUCUGGCUGCCAGUCCCCCUGACAGUGUGCGCUCACAGAAAGAUGCACCUACAGGGCGGAGUCCACAGAAAUGUCUCCGCAGGCUUCCUUGUGGGCCCAGAGACAGCCUGGACCCACCUCCGUGUCAGCAGCAGGAAGCCCUGAGGCUCCUCUGAGCUUCGGCCAGGGCUCUUGUAACACUGCUGCCUCAUCUUCAUUGUUUUGUGAGCAGAACCCAACUUUUCAGGAAAAAGAAAGAAAGGGAAGGAGGAGCGGGGAGCAGGGGUGAGGGAGGGGGGAAGAACAGUGUUUUGCCCCUCAUCCGGGGGGUGCCUCCCCAAGGUGCGCCUGCUGGGAGUUGUGCAGCUAUCCUCGUCCGUCCUGCCUCUUCUCGGUGGGCUCGUGUUACCUGUUGCCGUUCUUGCCUGACUUGCCCUUCUCUCUUCUUCACUGUCCUGUCAUGCCUUGAGCCGAAUGGGACAUUUUUCGGGCUGUGAGGAAGCAGUGCUGGGCUGGCAGCAGUCUGAGGCCGCCAGGCCCUGGGCAGGCAGCCCAUCUCCAGACCAUGACAGCUCUGAGGAGCUCACGGGUCUCCAGGCCUCACCGUGGUAUUUCAUCUCACGGUAGCCCACCGCCCUUUACUGCUCUUAGUUCCUGUGACAAUUGCUUUAGCAGGAUGUGUGAUUCAGUGGUAGAGCAGCGCCUGCGGCUUCAGUGUGCGUAGAGUAGUCUGAGUUAGGAGGACACAGCUCGUAAUAGACGGCAGUGAGAGGUGAGCAUGUGGAUGCACAUAAACAUUCCGAGUUGUCUGGGUAGAGCGCCUGAAUUCCAGCCUCGACAUACGACAGGAUACUGCCGUCGGCUUCCAGGGGUAGCAGCUUACUCGUUAAUUAGAUGCCUGUUGUCGUGAGGGGCGAGGACUUCCUCCUGGUGCCGUUGCUCCACAAGAAGCAGGUGACACCACUGUCUUCCUUCCUCGAGCCGCAGAGAGCCUCAGAUGUGAUGGCUUGAGGAGUCUGGGCAACGACCUCAGCACCCCUGAGGGCCCGUGUGGGUGGGUGUUGGGAUUUCCACACUGUACGAUUCUGCGUAACGGUGAACACGUUCAGCUGAGCUGUAACAGCGAAUACUGUAAGAGGUCGUGAUUGUGAAUGGCGGCUUACAGGAGGGCAUGACAGCGGCAUUGUAGCGAGUCCUUAGCCCAUCAGGCACGUGUCCCAGCCGCGUGCAGUCACGUCGGCGUGCAGCCGUUGAACGCUGGGGCAGGACAGUCAGAAGCCGUGCGCGUGCUGCGUGGGCGCAGGCGGUGGUGCAGAUGUCCUGGCCAGCAGGUGUUGGUGAGUUGGUGGAUGGCUGCAGAGAAGACUGCCAGGGGCGUGCCUCUGAGCUUUGUGUCCGUGCACAUUCACUCUGGAAACCGGUUUUGGUAAGAAGUGAGCUGUCGUCAGGGGGGCCCGUUUGUGUAUCAAGCUUUUCAUACCGAUGACGCGUGGCAUUUUUCUCGUGCACCCAAGCAGCGUGUUGUCAUCCUGCCAUUAGAGGCACGCCUGCCUGGUGCCCGGGCAGGCUCUCAUGUGGUGGCGAAUGAAGUUGCGUUUGCUUCAGCCUGUUUGCUUUUGUUCCCUCCUUCCGCUCUGUGUCAGCCUGGCCUCCCUCCCUCUGUGCCCCUUCUGAGGGCCGUGAACAAUACAAGAUGGGUCCUGUCUGCAGAGGACUCUGGGAGAGAGCCAGAGUACCUGACCAGGUGGCAACCUGGGCCAGGAAGAAAACACACCAGACACCCGAGUCUGUGGUAACAUCAGUUGGAAGCCACUCACUAGUACAAACCAACCCCAUCCGUCAUAGAUGAGACAUUUUUUUUCUGAGUUCCCCUACAUGUAUCCUUGCACGUAAGCACUAAGUAUAUAAACCCGCACCCCAUACUGCCUUGUGUGGACCUCUACCUGGGUGACUCCGUGCUUCGACUGUCCAUCCUGAGAAUCUUGGCUCCAACCUCUGUAAGUUCCCUAAUAAAGCUAGAUCUGAUCCAUCUA